AAUGUGUGAUGAUGAGUCAGAAAUAGGAACAUGUUGCAAGUAGAUUUUUUCUUUUUCAUAAUGAAUCAUUAAUGUCUGCGAUGGAGGUGCAACGGUUCAGUAAAACUCUCGGUCUGCUGGUGGUCCUUCAUAGUGCAGCUAUAGCCAAAGACGAUGACGGCUGGUUGAUGAAAGCACCAACUGAGGUGCGGGCGAUCGAGGGGUACCCGGUAGUGCUGCCCUGCUCUUUCACCCACCCGCACCACACCCAUCCCUCCUCCAUGCACGUGGUGUGGACCCUGGGCCACGGACGGGCUGCCACAGUUCUGUUCCGCUGCACGAGCCUGAACAACAGCCAGCAGUGCCAAUCCAAGAUCAACCAGGACAACCGCUACCGUCUGGAGGGCAACCACCGAAACCAUGACAUCUCACUCAGGAUCAACAGCGUGACCUUGAAGGAUAGUGACCGCUACUACUGUCGUGUAGAGUUAGCGGCGCACCCUCAUACAAGCUUUGAAAACAAGCUGGGGACCCGUCUACGAGUGGAGGCUGCACCGCGAAUCCUGAGUUUGUCAGCGGAGGGGACUGAAACGUCUGGCUUCAAAGCCGUGUGUCGCGUUCAGGGUUCCCCUCUUCCAGAUGUUCAGUGGAUCGCACCAGAUGGUGUAGAGGGAGAUACGUCAUUCUUGCUUUCUCAAGAGGCUACCGGGCAAUACCGCACAUCAAGCCAACUACUGGACGUCAAACCUGGAGGACAGUACAUCUGUGCGGCUUCAAACUCUUUGGGGAAGGAUCAAGCCACUCUCUAUGUUCUGCCCCUCAGCCCAGAGAGGUCAACCGCAAAGAGCUCCUUCUCUCUGCUUGUGUUGCUUCUUGCUCUGGCGUUGGGGACCAAGCUGCUAUUGGCUCUGGGUGUGGGAGCUUGGGUGAUCAAGAGGAGGUUUAACAGCAGCGUGGACCAUUGAAAAGACACAAAUGUCAUGCUAAAUAAUCAAAACACUCUGGUCUUAAAAGCUGUUUCUUGUCCAGUGUGUGUUAAAAAAUACACAGUCUUAAAAUAAAACUUCCUGUUUUGAGGUGAGCGAUAUGACUCUGACUUCCGUCUUUGUCUGACCUGUCUGGAAAAUCUAAUCAAGUGACUUACAUAAUACUAACUGAUCAAAUCUAUACAUUUUAU